UCCCCGAGCUGGCCCCAGUGCUGCUCCCUGCGUCAGUCUCUGAGUCAACUUGCCUCUGCCCACCUGCAGAUGAAGCUGAAUGUGCUGCUGACUGUGGUGUGCCUGCUGGUGCUGGCCCUGACGGCACUGACGGAGGCCAAACCUCAGUUCUUCGAUGCUGUCGGUGACUUCGUUGAGGACGUCGGGGAGGGCGUAGGGGAUUUCUUCGAGGGAGUCGGAAACUUUUUCUCAAAUCUCUUCGGGACCAGCAGAACUCAGUCGACCCCCAUACCUAGGAGGACCCAAGCAGUAGUGCCACCCUCCAGCCCCGGCCUGGUGUCUGCCUACGACAACAUCCAGCCUGGCAGCAACCUGAUCAUUGUUCCUGAUUAAUUAAGAUAGUUCAGGGAACACCACGAUCCUAAUGACCUAGGGCACGGGGAAGGGAAACAUCGAGAGGGGAAACAUGAGUGGGUCACCAUGUGUAACUCACUACGAAUUUAAUAAAAAUACUGAUUUCA